UGAACGUCCUCACCGCCGUGGCCCUGUCCCGCCUGGCCACGAGGACCAAGAAGUCAUCAUACUGGUACCUGCUGGCCCUGACCACCUCCGACAUCCUCACCCAGGUCUUCAUCAUCUUUGUGGGCUUCAUCCUGCAGACAGCCAUCCUGGCCCGGGCGGUGCCCAGCGCCUUCAUCCACACCGUCAAUGUGCUGGAGUUCACGGCCAACCAUGCCUCCAUCUGGGUCACCGUCCUGCUGACCGUGGACCGUUACGUGGCCCUCUGCCACCCGCUGCGGUACCGCACUGUCUCCUACCCACAGCGCACCCGCAAGAUCAUCGCAGCCGUCUUCGCCGUGGCUCUGGCCACAGGACUCCCCUUCUCCUG